GUGCACCACAUGCCUUCAGAUCUGCUCGAGUGGGAGGACAAUCAUCUGAUCUUUACCGCGGACUAGACCCGAGUCCAGGGCCAAGUCCAGGGCCGAGUCCAGGGCCGAGACCAGAGCCACUUCUCCCUAAUCCAUGGCGUGAAGUUGAAUUUAGUGAUGAUGCUUACAUGAAACUUCAAGAAGAAAUAAAAAACCACCAACCACACCCUAAGGCUUCCACAACAAAUAUUCUUAUUUUAGGCAAUGUGGGUUCUGGAGAGUCAAGCUUUCUAAAUUCUGUGCUCUCAGAACUCAGGAGAGAAGAACUCAACGGCAGAGUGCAAGAAAUUGAAGCUGUGAGACCAGGUGCAGAAACAAGCGUCACACAACAUCUAAGAUGCCACACAUUCAAUGACAAGAUCAAAAUCUUUGAUACAGCAGGAUUUGAAUUGGAGAAAACAGAAAAUGCCACGAUAAUAUUAAAGAAGAUAGAUGGUGAAGUGGCUGAAGACAUAAAGUUUGACGAUAUUCUGAAGACAAAAAGCUCAAUGGAAGGAGACAAAAUCCACUGUGUUGUGUUGGUUAUAUCAAUUCACAAUGCUGAGAAUCUGGACUUGAUUCAGGUUUAUGAAGAAUUAAUUGGAAUGCUCACAGAGACUGGAGUACCAUGCCAGCUGCUUGUUACACUCAAUGAACUUGUCGAGAAGACUGAGGAUUUGAAAAGUCUGUACAGGAGAAGAGAUAUAAAACAAAAGAUUGAAAUGUUAGCAAAUAAGAUGAGAAUUUCAAUGUGCAACGUCCUUGUGGUUUCAAACUACUUAGAGGAGAUGGAAAUUAACCAAAUAAAAGGAACUCUGCUGUUGGAGGCGUUUGCUCAAAUACUGAUGGCAGCAAAACCCUUUCAAGAGAGAAUGUAGAGUAUCACCUGUCACACCUGAAGCAAGCUGAGUCCAUUACUCAAUUGGUUAAUUGAUUGCCAAUCGGAGAAUAGUCACUUGGUAUAUAGGGAAGUUGAUUAAUUUGUUUGGAGAGAGACUGGAGCAGCAGGAGGCUGUGGUCCCAGAUACAAGAAGUAUCACCCAGUCAGCGCUCUCACAGAUUUACUUUUUGUAUUUAUGAAAAUUCAAAUCAUACUCUUUGUACACUUUGUUAAAUCAAUUUCUAAGCUGUCAGCUUUGCAUAAACAGAAAAAAAUGUCAAUAAGCAGCUUUGAAUUGUUCAGCAUUUAAUCUGCUGUUUAGUCUUUUUAUGAACACAAUUAUUUAAAAUACUCUACUUGAGUACUCUCGUUUAAAUCUAGUUCUAUCAUCAAUUAAUGAUCUUUGAAUUAAUCAGCAAUAACCUUUGCAUUAUAUGUUGGAAGUUCCUUUAACCUGUUCCUUAUUAAUAAGAGCUGAAACUUACAGCUUACAGAUACUCUGCAAUAAUGUAAAACACUUGGGAAAAUGAAGAAUGUGAAUCACAGGGGAACAUGAGUCUUAGUUUUCAUAACAUCAUGAAUGAAAUGUGAAUGAUGUUUUUUGAAAUAAAUAAAUAAAAUAUGCCUUUGUUUCCUAUUUACGCAGCACUCAUGUUU